AUGGGGGCCUGUGACAUUGUGACUGAUACCAACAUCUCAUCUGGUCCCGAGAGCAACACCACAGGCGGCACAGCUUUCUCCAUGACCGGCUGGCAGCUGGCGCUGUGGGCCACAGCCUACCUGGCCCUGGUACUGGUGGCUGUGACGGGCAAUGCCACAGUCAUCUGGAUCAUCCUGGCCCAUCAGAGGAUGCGCACGGUCACCAACUACUUCAUUGUCAACCUGGCCCUGGCUGAUCUGUGCAUGGCUGCCUUUAACGCCGCCUUCAACUUUGUCUACGCCAGCCACAACAUCUGGUACUUCGGCCGUGCCUUCUGCUACUUCCAGAACCUCUUCCCCAUCACAGCCAUGUUCGUCAGCAUCUACUCCAUGACAGCCAUCGCCAUCGACAGGUACAUGGCCAUCGUCCACCCUUUCCAGCCACGGCUCUCGGCUCCCAGCACCAAGGCGGUUAUCGGCGGCAUUUGGCUGGUAGCCCUGGCCCUCGCCUUCCCCCAGUGCUUCUACUCCACCAUCACCGUGGACCAGGGUGCCACCAAGUGUGUGGUGGCCUGGCCCGAAAACAGCGGGGGCAAGUCGCUGCUCCUGUACCACCUGGCGGUGAUCGUCCUCAUCUACCUCCUGCCCCUCACUGUGAUGUUCGUAGCCUACAGCGUCAUUGGCCUCACUCUGUGGCGGCGCGCGGUCCCCAAACAACAAGCGCAUGGCGCCAACCUGCGCCACCUGCAGGCCAAGAAGAAGUUCGUGAAGACCAUGGUGCUAGUGGUAGUGACCUUUGCCGUCUGCUGGCUGCCCUACCACCUCUACUUCAUCCUGGGCAGCUUCCAGGAGGACAUCUACUGCCACAAGUUCAUCCAGCAGGUCUACCUAGCGCUCUUCUGGUUGGCCAUGAGCUCCACCAUGUACAAUCCAAUCAUCUACUGCUGCCUCAACCGAAGGUUUCGCUCCGGAUUCCGGCUGGCUUUCCGGUGCUGCCCGUGGGUCACGCCAACAGAGGAAGACAAGCUAGAGCUGACUCACACCCCAUCCUUCUCCUUGAGGGUCAACAGGUGUCACACCAAAGAGAUUUUGUUCAUGGCUGGAGACGUGGUCCCCUCUGAGGCUACCAAUGGGCAGGCUGGGGGUCCCCAAGAUGGGGAGUCCGUGGAGCUCUGAAGUCUUGUGACUGGCAGCAGGGCAGAGCCCAGCACCCCUGGAGAGGCAGCCAGUUGAAGUCCAGAUCUGACAGCUUGGCCAUGCACAGCCUUCAAUCCACCAGUGGGAAGCAAGAUGGCCCCAGGAACUCUACAGAAGAUGCAGGCACUAUGAGGACUCGGCCACCCAUCUCAGAGCACUGGGGACCCAGAAAGGGUCAGAGAAGAUACUGCAAAGCCAAUAUUUUCCAAGUGCAGGAACCACAAGCUCAAAUGUCUUCCUGUGCAUACAACAUAAUGAGUAAAUUAGAUCCAGUUGAAAAGAAAAACUGCAAAUGCGAUGAUAAAAAGAAACGGACUUGCAGCCUCAGCGCUGGGGUGACAGGGAAGAGUAGUGAUGUGGCAAGGUGGAAGGCACAGGUACUCAGAGGAGGCUGCAGCUCCUUCACGAGGCACAGCUGUGUAAUGGGUUAUGAGUUGUAUGGUAAUGGAACCCACUGUUGCCAGAUCUCCCAAGAAAAGCUGGAGUCCAAAUUUGCAUAUGAACCCUCCAGGCUUUCUAAUUUUGGUUCACAAAACCCUCUGUGACCUGGGGUGGGUUAAAGCCUCACCUGCGGGCAGCACACAACCAUGACGUGGAUUCGUUGUGAGGCCACACUAGGAAAGAGCCACCGUAUUUUGCAAAGCCCAUCCGCUCUGAGUCAACCUGGGGUUUCUCUGCCUCAGAAGCUCCGAGGCCAGAAACAGCCCCAAGCAGAUGCAGGCAGGAGUCAGUCUGACCUCCAGCCUCUUCUGCCCAGUGACAAAAGCACCACCCAGGGCUGCUCUGAGGAUCGAUGGAACUGAUGCCUAGAAACCAGCAGGCCACACACAGAUAGCCACGCUUGUUCUCUUCGCUCUGCCAGCCAGUGACCCUGCUCCCACCUCACUUGUGCAGCAAGAAGCUGGUGGCAGAGAAAACUGUACCAGCUUCUAUAAUGCUCUGGACUGUUCCACCCAAGGGAACAACUCUCCCCGCUUGCACAUCCAGGGCCCCUCUGGAAGAACCAUGUGCCACUGUAAAUGCCCACCCAAAGGUCAAUGUCGUGUUUUCCCCAGAGGUCACUGUGCUAGACACUGGGUACCACGGGUGCCUCCAAUAAAAACUCUGGUCUCACCACACCAAGUGGGCACAGUCAGUCCUGGGGAAGCCGCUUAGAUCUGCCCUCGUA